AUGGUGCGCAAGGUGGUGCACGGGCGCGUCGAGCCGCUCGCCGCCGUCGUCUCCCCGCAGCAGGCGGCGGCAGCGGCGGCGCGCAUAUCGCGGUCGCUGGAGGAGGAGCGCGGCAACGCGGACCGCCUGAGGCGAUACAAGCAGGAGAACACGGAGCUCUGCACGCUCGUGCGCUCGCUACCCGACAAAACAAGCCAUCCAGUCAUGGUGCGUGUGUGGCAGGAACCCAUGCUCAAUGUGCCAUUCGGCCCUGCCGCCUUCUUCCCUGGUCGUCGGGUGCACACACACCACCUCACCCUCCUGCUGGGCCACGGUCUAUAUGUCAAGCCAUCUACCUGCCACACACGGUGUGCUGUGCUCUUCUCCUCCCACCAGGUGCCAUUUGGACGGGCCGCCUUCUUCCCUGGUCGCCUCGUACACACCAACGAGUUGACUCUCUUGCUGGGGGACGGGCUGUACGCUGAGAGGUCUGCCUCCCAGGCGCUGGGGGUGCUGCGGCGACGUGGCGCGAUGAUAGAGCGCCAGCUGGAGGGGUGCCAGGCGAAGGUAGAAGACCUACGUGGCGAGCUGCAAUUCGCCGAGCAGGCUGGGGUAGAUGCAGAGGAGGGGUGUGUGGAGAUACACGAGUAUGAGGAGGAGGUGGAGGGGGGCGAGGAGGAGGGAGGACAGACUCAGGGAGUGUUGAAAGCAGAUGAAGGAGCACGACGAGGAGAGGAUAACGUAGGAGGUAGUUCAAAGGGAAGGGCAGCAGCGGGGGUUGUGAGCAACGUGGUUGGAGUGUCUAGAGAAGCGGAUGGUGGGAAUGGUGGUGGGGAGGAGGAGGAGCGGCGCAUUGAAGCUCUGUUUGCCGAGAUGGAAGCGGCAGAGGCGGCGGCUGCUGCUGCUGCUGGGGAUGAUGAUGAUGAGGAGGAGGAGGAAAGUGAAGAGGAAGAAGAGGAGGAAGACGAGGACGAGGAGGAUGGGGAUGAGAAAGGUUGGGAAGAGGAGGGAGAGGAAGACGAGGAAGAUUGGGAGGAAGAAGAGGAAGAGGAGGAUGGGGAUGAAGAGAGGGGGGAACACGAGAGAAGGGCAGAAGCACAGAGCGAGCAGGAGCUAGUGGAGGGCAUGUUAGCAGUGGGAAUAGAUGCAGGGGGGGAGCAGCAGGGGCAGGUAGUGGUGGGAAUAAGAGGGGCAGCAGGGCAGGGAACCCCCUCACAGAAGCUGGAGGACAUGUCAGCAAUGAGGAUAGGUGCAGUGGGACGGCAGUAG